AUGACAUCAAGAUGGGAUCAACAACAGCAACAGCAACAACAGCAACAACAACAGCAGCAAAUACAACAACAACCAUUAUUGGGAAAUGUAAAUAAUAGUAAUGUAUCGAAUUUAGCAGUGAAUCAAAAUAAUUUAGAUAGUUUAAAAAAAGAGAGAAGAAGACUUGAGAGCUAUAUAGAUAGUAAAUUGAAUCAUCUAUCAACCUUGAACGAUAAGGUUCAAGCUGAUGAUGAACAUAUCGAUAUAGAAUACAGUAAAAUAGAUUUAUCUGACUUAUCCUCUGAAUUGGAUAGUGCUUUUAAAAAUUUACAAAGAUGUAAUGAUAUGCUUGUAGAUGACCCAAAUUUUAGUACAAAUAAAGUACAUAAAGAUAAAUUGGAUGAUUAUUUAAAUGAAUAUAGAAGAUUAAAAAAGAAUAUAAAAUCAACAUUAGAAAGUUUUGAACUAUUGGAAGGUUCAACAUAUAAUAAAAAUAAAGAUACAGAAAUACCAAUGACAAGUUUAUUGAGAGAACAUUCUACCCUUCAAAGUAGUUCCUAUGUACAAGAUUCAAUAUUGGGUCAAGCAAGACAAGCACAUGAAGCUUUAGAAAAUCAAAGAAGAAUAUUAAGAGGUACUUCUCAUAAAAUUAAUACAAUGCCAAGUUUAUUUCAAACAAUUGAUGGUGUAACAUCAAAAAUUAAAAGAUAUAAGCAAAGAAAUGUUGUAGUUUUAGGUUUGUUAAUUGGUGGUUUAAUUUGUUUCCUUUUUUAUUAUAGCCUUAAAAAGUAA